UCAAGGAAGGCAAAACUACAGAGUCGGUUCCCUCCACUAUUGAUAUACAUUAACUGCUUAAAAUAGAACCGUAGUGAUUUUUGGAUAGUGAUCUUUCUGGCUAGAUUCGUGGAUUGUUGUUGCGAAGUUACAUAAAAGUUUGGCAUAGGAUUAAAUAUGUUCAUUAAAAUGGAUAUAAACGUAUGAUAAAAGAAAAAUAUGAAUGAAUAUGAUAUCAGGUUCGAGGGAGGCUUAGCAUUUUUGAUAGUUUUAUUCGUGACUUUUGUAAAGUUUCGACCGAAGGUUUGAAUUUUAUUUAAUCUUAAGAUCGUAUUAUUUCAUUUAAGUAAUGACAGAGUCAUUAGCCGAAGGUAAUUUUUUUAUGAACAGUUAAAUUCAAUGCUGCCUGCGCAGAAAAAAAGGCAGUUACACCACAGAAAUUUUGAUCUUUGUAUUGAGUACUCUUCAAAAUCAGAAGGUAGAAAAGUUGCACACCUGGUGAUUGGUACUCCAACAGUGAAGAGUUACCUAUUGUGAUGCUUUUAUUCUUGGCUGUAAUAGGGAUGUAUAGGAGUAUAGAUGGAGUAUUAUUUUCAUACCAAACUGAUAAUGAGAUAAUAAUCUAAAGCACAAGGAACACACUGUUUAUGAGUCUUUGAUUUAUUAGGAAGAUACAGUUGUAAAGGUUUCUCAAUGGAAUUUUUAUUUUCUUGAGGAAGUAUGGAUGUUUGUUAUGCUGGUUUUUGAUUCAAAGUAAUGGCGUUUUGUGUUUUUUAUUCUGUAAGGAUGAUUUAUAUGUAAGGCAGUAGAGCCUAGAAUACUGUGAGUGCUUUUUUGUUGUGUUUUUUUGCUGUUGAUUACAAUGUUUGAUUCUUGAUGUGCGCAAUGAUUUUGUGAUAAAAAUGGAAUGCUUGUAAAAAUAGUUGGAUAAUGUCUUGGCUGGCGGCUCUAGGACAGUGUGCUAGUCCUAAAAGUAAAGUGAAGGAGCGUAAACCCGAUGGCUCUCAUGGAAGGCCUCAUAAUUUGGCUUCCCUAAAAAGAAGGGGCUCCCUUACAGAUGUUAGACCUUCGAGAAAAGUUCAGGGGUCUCGAAGCUUUCGUGAGAAAAUACAGGACACUUUCGAGGGGAGUUUACGCAAAGGGAAAAAGGCGGGAAGUCUAGAGGCUGUCGGUUCAAGGUCAGAAACUUUCGGAAAUCCUGAUACAAAUAUGAAUGUUUCAACAUCACUCAGACCAAGAGUUUAUAAAGGAAGUGCAUCUGGAACACUUCCCACCGGAACCACUGAGCAAGAAUUGGCGAUGUCGAAAGAUAAAUUUUGGACUAAUUUUUACAAUACUCUGCCAAGAAAUAGGCACAAAGAUCGACCUAAGGACUUAUCAUUACAAGACUUGCCAACUACUGAAGGUGAAUCAGAGAUAGAUUUAACAUCAGAAAAGGACAAAGAUGUUAAAACUGCACAAAAGGAUAUACAAUGGCAGGGUUAUGCAACAAGUCCGAGAACUAAAAGAAAAAACAAAACUCUAGAACGAAUGAAUUCUGCUCCAAAUACAAGAAGGUCACCUCAGAAAAACUUGACAGAUGGUGAAAAUCGUCCAGGUUCUGAUGGGAAGGUUAGUCCUCAAGUAAUUGAAGUGUUCCAAGAAGGGUUUGAUGGUAGCCCAGGAUCAGAAAUAAUCAUAAUGCCAAGGUCAGUCUCAUUGCAAGAGGAAUACUGGGUACCAGCUACUAAAGGUGGUUCCCGAGUAGAGUUACGAAAAGUUUCUCAAAGCCCAGAUAGGUUGGGCGUAAGAAGGUCACCUGUUGGGAGUCCUGUGAACUUACAAGGUCAUGUAUGGGUUAGGACAAAAGAUGGGGCACAUGUGGAAUUACGAGCAAUAGAACGGCAUAACCGAGAUAUACCUUCACCGUCAGAUUCACAAAAGACAGACUCUUCAACUGCAACGUACAACAUGACCGCCAGUACAUUGACAAACAUGACAAUGGUCCCUAAAUUCCCUGUAGAGGACAUGUUGCCAGCCGGUUAUGCAUCCAGCACAACUCAAACAUCAAACCAUUCAUUGACUGGUUCCUACGUAUCACCAGAGGAAUACCAGGCUAACAUUUUCGAUCUGAUACAAUCAUUAAACCAGUCUCCUCCAAAUCCUGCCUCACCAGAGGUCAAAAGGUCAAGGCAGGGUAAACAUUCAAGGUCACAACAAGAGGUCAAACAAGGUCAUCGGACAUCUCCAGAAGACAGCAGCAGGUUUCAUUCUGAAAAAUUCAUAGUUCUUGGAAAUUCCAGCCCUGAUGGUGGUGAAUAUGAAAAUAGGGAGCAGCCCAUAUUUUCUGUGCGAUGCCAUGUAUUCCAAAUUGACCCAGAGACGAAAAAGAAUUGGUUACCAGCCAGUAAAACAUCCGUCGCAGUCUCCUAUUACUAUGAUAGUGCUAGAAACACUUACAGAAUCAUCAGCGUGGAAGGGUCCAAGGCCAUCAUUAACAGUACCAUUACACCAAACAUGGCCUUCACGAAAACGUCACAGAAGUUUGGGCAGUGGUCAGAUCCUAGGGCAAACACAGUAUAUGGGCUUGGAUUUAGCACCGAGGCUGACCUUGCAAAGUUCAUUGAAAAGUUCAAAGAGGUAAAAGAGAUGACACGGCAACAGUUAGUGCAAAGUCAAUCACCGACAACAGUAAAUGGUACUGGUGAUGAUAGUCAAUCAUCAUCGUCAACGACCACGCCCAGGGAAACUCCGCCCAAUAGAGGAUUCUUCCAUACUAGAAGUUCUAGUCUUACCUCUAUGAGAGAACCUCAGCAGCAAACAGAACAGAAAGAAAACAUAAACCUGAAAGAGAGAAGAAAUUCCUUUAACAAUCCCGGCUCAAAUGGUAGUUCUUCUCCAGAGAGUCAACUCAAGUACGAGAAUGACCGAUUAAAACUUGCUUUAGCUCAAAGUUCGGCAAAUGCGAAGAAAUGGGAAAUUGAGUUACAGACAUUAAAAAACAAUAAUGCUCGACUAACGGCAGCUUUGCAAGAAUCUACGGCCAAUGUUGAAGAGUGGAAGAAGCAACUUGGUGGCUACAAGGAUGAGACCUCAAGGAUGAAGAAAAAGAUUUCGGAGCUAGAAAAGAGCCAGAGUAGUCCUGACCAGGUAUCAAGUCUACAAACUGAGGUGACUGAACUACGGGACAAUGUGGAUACAUUACAGAGAGAAAAUCAAUAUAAAGAUCAGGAAGUUGAUAGAUUACAACAACGACUGGCGGAAAUGACGACACGGGAGACAGCGAAUGGAAAUUUACAGAAUAAAAUCAAGGUUGGAUCACUUUUUCGAUCAUCUUCGAAAGCGAAAAUGAUAAAAGCAAUGGAAGAGGAAAAUCGAAGUUUACACCAAAAAGUGCACGACUUACAGCAAUUGUUACAGGAUUACCGCACGAGUCAGGAGAACGAGAAAGACGAGGUCAUACAGCUUCAAGAUCAUUUAGGCAGCAAAAUCACGGAACUUUACGAAUUUCACGAACAAAUUUUAGCAACUUUAAAGAAAGAAUCGAACAGCUAGUGUUGGCUUGAUGUUGGUAGCGAGUGUGUAAGUUACGGAAAGGAUGGUGAUGUUUGAUAUUAUGAAGCAUGUGCCAAUGAGACGGACGGACAGAUGGUUUUCUCGGAAGAUUUUUCAUGUAAAAGAAAAUGUAUUCAGAAAUGGUAUUAUUAGUCAGUUAAGGGCCGAUCCGAUGAUUGCUAUUAUGAUUUUGAUCGAAGAAAACAAGCAAGUCGUUUUCCUGAUACUGUAUUACAUGUAGUUAAGAUUUGUUAUGGAAUGUUGCAGGAUAGAUUUUUAUUUAAGAAGUACUCCUUCAACAAAUAUUAAUCUGGACAAAAAAAAAUUUAAGAAGUUUUGUUCAACAUUUUUCUUUUUAUUUAUAUGAUAUGAUGUAGUUAAAGGGAGGUGAGACUUGAAAAAAGACUUGAGAAUAAGGGGAUUUUAUGACGAUACAAUGCAAGUACAUGUAUGAACAAAUUAAAACUGCUAAAUUAUACCAUCAAAAAUACAUGAGAUUGUCAAAUUUUUGUUUUUCAAGAAAUUCUUCAGAUAAAUGAUUAUAAUGACGCUUUUUAUAAACGCAUUGAUAUUGUAAGAUCGGAAAUAUUCUUUGAUAAAAAAGUAAUAAUUAUAUUAACCAAUUGAAUACAAUACAAUGCAAUCCAAUGAGGACAAACCUCUUCCACCAAUAUAAAGCCGGGACACGCAGCUUUAUGUUUAUGCAGCCCGGUACCAGGCUUUACAACUGUUGGUUGUUCAGUGGUAGUAAUUUCUUACAUUUCAAUCUCUUCAGCUACCUUUUCAAAAAUGAACUGUUCCAAAUUAAAAAACCAGGCAAGUCCAUUUAUUAUUGCAAAUAUUGCAUUGGAAAGGGAAAAUUCUUUGGUUAUUACCAUCCAUUCAUAAUUGUAUAUUUUCUCAUGAAUUUAUAUCACUUAACACUAUACAAAUGUACAAAUUAUGCAAACUUCCAUUUUUCAUUUGAAAUUCAUUAAGUUAUAUGCAGCUUAAUUUGAAAGUUCAUGAUAAUUUAGAAUGGUUCAUAACAGAUUCGAUGGUAAUGCGUAUAUAUCAUUACAUGUAUAUUCAUUUGGAUUUGACCAUUACAGUGUAGUAUUUUGACUUCCAUACAAAACUCUUAUUACCGAAAAAACAACAGAGCAAAAGAUGGUUAAGAUAAUUCACUAGUGAGCAAGUUCUUGGAAAAUGUAAUACAACAUCAGAAAUAAAAAGUUUGUGAGAAAUAAAAAUAAUAAAACAUACUGGGGCACAAUCGGCCUUUAAGUUAUUUUGAGGAUCCUUUUAAAAAAAAUUAUUUUAAAUUGAAACAGGUCAUUUUAACUUCUUCUCUAAAAUUAUAAAUAUUCUAUGACAACGGCCAUUGGUUUACUGAAAUAUAUGUAAAUAAUAAUAUGGAGGUAACUAGAAUAACAUAAGAUGGUAGGUCUAAACAAUUAGCGGCAAUUAAAAUUAGUAUCUAGGAUAGAUUAUAGAUAAUUAGCUUGUAAAUAUGCUCGUGUUAUUUAUUUCUUAUCAAGAUAUUAUAGUUAUUUGUAAAAGGUCUAAAAUCAAAAGUCUAAAUAUUUCGUUUUUUAGCAAAAUAUAUAUUUAACUUGUUAUAUGUUGAUGAAAAAUUAUUUUUUAACGAGGGUUGUUGGAAAAAUGCUCGUACUAUGAUGUGAUAAUCAUGAAAUUAGCAUGUGCAUUUUUUAUUGACCCUCGAUGAACGGAAAAGUGCCUAGUUUAUGAGUAUUUAUGUAUUUAUAUAUAUAGAAUUUGUUAUCGCAAUAUGAAAAUGUGAUACAAAAGGGUUCUUAUGCUGUCAAUUUGUUAGUCCAAUACAUUGCAGAGUUUGAAAAAAAGUUUGUAUCUCAUUUAUUUCAAGAGAUCUUAAUACACAAGUUUUUUUUCAUGGACUGAUGAAAACAAAACAUAUGGAAAACAAAACAUAUGUUAAAUCUUUAUAAUUAGACACAAGAAAUGUGCCAUUUUUACUUUCAUUUACAUUGUUUUUAAUAAAAAGUUAUUAAUUACGAUGUUUUAGUAAAUUUGAUGUAAUAUGCCUAAAGAAAAGACACAAACUUUUAUAGGUUAUGAUAAAUAACGUUCUGAAAUUAUGCUAAAUUAAUUUAAAUGAACGCCUAUGUAGUUUAACAGGAUGUCUUAACUAAUUAAUUAUCGUCUUAACUAAUUAAUUAUCAUUUUAACUAAUUAAUUAUCCUUGGUAAUUAAUCACAUCAGUUAACUAUUUUAACACGUCAUAUUAUAUAGUCAUCAUCAUAUAUAUACAAAUUUUUUCAUUUGAAAAUAAUUUUAUAAAUUUUAUAGGUUGUAUCCGUCCAAGAGAUUUUUUAUAGAUUAUGCAAAAGACGUAUUUUUUACCUCUAAAUUACUGGUGUAGUAUUAAUUUGUUUCAAGGAAGCCGAUAUCUUACCAGAUUAAUUCUCAGUUUAAAAAUUUGAUUAUGUUUAUACCAAGUUUUAUAACCAUAAGCCUGCUAGCUGCAACUUAUUUCUACCCAUGCCACCAGUGCAGACCAGAGUCAACAUGAAUAAUUGUGCCGUCUGAUCAUGGUCUGCACUGUUCACUAUUUUAGUCAGUACAUAUUGUUUUGAAAUCUGCCUUAAUAAUAAUAGUUUUGUCCAGAUUGCAGGAUGGACGAGUCCACUGGUAAAAUGAUCAUUAACUUGAUUUGAGCCGCGUCACGACAAAACCAACAUAAUGGGUUUGCGACCAGCAUGGAUCCAGACUAGCCUGAGCAUCAGGAUCCAUGCUGUUCGCUUACAGACCCUAUAACAAGUAGAGAAACUGAUAGCGAACAGCAUGGAUCCUGAUCAGACUGCGCGGAUGCGCAGGCUGGUCUGGAUCCAUGCUGGUCGCAAACUCAUUUUGUUGGUUUUGUCGUGACGCGGCUCAUUUAUGGUGUAUUUUUGUCAAGUCGGCAACACCUGAAAUAAAACAUAAGAUUUUGUUUUUAUCAUUAUAACUUAUAGACUAAUGCUUAGCAAUUUUUAAAGGAUUUUAGUACAUCUUUAAAGGUUUAAGACACAUUUUGAGACAUGUUGUGAAUUUAUUAUUUACAGCCAAUAAUCCAUUUUACUUUUUUAUUUUUCUUUCUUUUUUUUUUCUAUUUUUUAUUAUUGUAGACUUUAGUUUUUAAAGUUAUAUUAUAUUUUGAUUAAUCAGUGGAUCUGAUAAUAUAGAUAUUAAUAAAUAUACAUUGCUUUUAUUUACAAUAAAAAAGUAUUUCAUGUUUAGUCAGAACUUAUAUCAAAAUUUUAUUUCUAUAUUUCUUUUAAGCAAAGUUGUUCUUUUGUUUUUUUGAUAACUUAAGAUGUUUAUUAAUGUGGUAUGUCAUGGAAACAGAUACCGGUUGUCCAUAUAGGGGAGUCCCCCAGAAAAGUAUUAGUCAUUUUAUAUUUUGGAGGAUAGUGCAAGAUACAGAUACAGAAAGAUGCCCCAAUUCCAGAAGCUUCUCCUGGUUCUUUAUCAUGCCAAAUGUUAAAGCACUCAUACACGGGACCUCGAUUUAAAGACUCGUCUACAAGACUGAUUAGUAAUUUAAGUUGGCCUGCCUGGGAAUUGAACCCAUUAUGUCGAGAUUACAACCCAUUGAGCUAUACAGGCUGGCUAAAACUUCAAAAUAGAUUUGAGCCGUGCCAUGACAAAACCAACAUAAUGGGUUUGCGACCAGCAUGGAUUCACACCAGCCUGCGCAUCCGCGCAGUCUGAUCAGAAUACAUGCUGUUCGCUAACAGGCCCUAUUACAAGUAAAGAAACUGAUAGUGGGUGCGCAGGCUGGUCUGGAUCCAUGCUGGUCGCAAACCUAUUAUGUUGGUUUUGUCGUGAUGCGGCUCAUUUUACUUCUCUUGGGUAACAUCUCCCAGUAAGGUAUUGGUUAACAUUUAAAUGUCAAAUGUUUUUCUCAUCACUGACAUAUUUUUUUUAAUCUUUAUAUACAUGUUAAUGGUAGUAAUUGUUAAUCACUUACAAAGAGCCAUAACUCUAGCAAUGAGUUCCACUGAAUUAUAACACUAAAUUCCUAGCUGCAUCUUGUUUCAUUAUCAAGCACUGAGAAUAGUCUAGGAUUGCUGUUUAUUUAAGUACAUGUAUGAAUUUUUUUGUAUGAGGACAUGAAACAAUAUAGUAUCUUUUUCACAUGGCAUAUCACAAAAAUAUGAAGGCACAUCUGGUCUUCCAUAAGAUUGUUGUUUCUUUUUGUAUUAAAAUAUACAUGAAAUGUAAAUAUCUUAAAUGUUUUUAUGAAAAAGAAAAUAAUUUUGUAAAUAUUUAUUAAUAUUUUUUUAAAUGUUAAUAUUAUUUUACUAUACACAGUUUUUUUAUGUAUGUAUAUUUGAUAGUAAAAACAGGAUAAUGUGAUGUAAUAAUGAUAAUAAUAUUAAUAAUUGUGUUAGACAUAUGUAAUAUAAUGUAAAGAAACUAAAUCGAGUAUCCUAAUCCAAGAAAUGUAGCUCCAAGUAACACAUAUAGUAAUGUAUUAUAUACUUAUAAACGAAAUAUUGAAAAAUGCUGAUGAAAUAAAACGCAUAUUUUCAUUUUCUGUAUUUUCACUGUAAAAAUUUAUUUUUCACUGCAGUGAAACAUUUUUUCCAUAUUUUCACUUGUCUCUUGCAGGACUACUUUUUUCCAAAUUAAGUCAAUACAAAUAAUUUUCGAGGACGUCUUUUAAAGUCAAAACAUUUUUAAGACAUUUAUUUAAGAUAUUAAAUAUAUAUAUAAAGUAACAUAGAAUCAAAUAGGCUUUGCUUCCCACAUUUCAUUGCUUUAGGAAAUCAUUCGUUUUUAUCAUGUGGUAGCUAUACAUACAUAAAUGUACUGCCGAAUUCAAAACUGUUAAUUUUGUUGUCAUACAUCAGUAUAUAAAUUAAUUAUUCAACAUAACAUGGGAAUUGUGUAAUUUUCCCAUUAAAAUAUGGUAAUAAAAUAUAUUAAGAGAUAAA